AUUCGUUGACGUCUAAUGUAUACACAGUUAUUAACAAUCUUUUUAAUAAUAACAUUUUUAUCAUGGAAAUAUUUUUGGAAUUAAAAUACAGUUAGUCAUUUUAAUUUACACAUGGAUAGUUGGCAUUAAAUGAGGCCGCCGUAGGGACUAUAACUCAAAGAUGAAAAACACGGAGCAGCCUCUUGAUAGUUUAAAAACUCUAUUUUAUAACCGAGAUGAUUAUUCAAGCAUUGGUUUGCGUGUAGAAAAAUGUAAUUCAAAUAGCUGAUGAUAUUUUGUUUAAAAUAAUGAUACCAGUUUUCAAUGGCAGAGAGUUGUUUAAAUUCGGGUAUUCAAUGGCUUAUAUUUUGUACUUUGUGAUAAAUCUAAGGUUCACAAAUGGAUUGAGUUAUGGUGGAAAUAGUUCGUAUAUUUGUGAAAAUUCUACUAUCACAUCUGAAAGUGGAGUUUUGUACAGCUCUAAUUAUCCGGACCUUUACAACAAUCAGGAGAAUUGCGUAACUAAUAUACAGGUGCCAAGUGCCUUUCAAAUAGAGAUAACCUUUGAAGUCUUCCAAACAGAAUCAUUCACAAAUCUAAACUUGCAAAACGAAAUGUGUUCAUUAGAUUAUUUAGAGUUAGUUGUAAAUAACGAAUCUAGACGACUUUGUGGAGAUUGGACAGGCAAAGAGCGAAUGCUAUACUUUGUUUUCAACACGCCGUUAGUCAGCAUCCGGUUCCGGUCAAAUGACCGAAUUUCAAAACGAGGCUUUGUAUUAAAAUGGGACGCUACCUCUACUAACGCUACAAGUGAAAUUUCAACAUGUAGAGAUUCUUUGUUUGAGACUGCUACCUCAUGUUAUGAAAUGGUAUCCUUACCCGAAAACUGGCUUGAUGGACAUAAUAUAUGCAGACGACGUGGUGCGUACCUCGCGAAAAUUGAUGAUGUACACACCCAAAACGAGUUAGAAAAAAGAAUUAUGAAAAGCCAUUUGCAUUCCCAUGCUAUUUGGAUAGGGGCCAAUGACCGUUUGUUCGAAGGUAAUUUUAUGUGGCCAGAUAGAUCUGCAAUAACAUUUCAUAAAUGGUUUCCGGGUUGGCAUCAUUUUAACAACAGUAUAUCACGACACGCUAGACAACCAAGCGAUGACGGGUAUUCGGAUGAAGACUGUGUUGAAAUAAGACGAGUCUUUGCAUAUCCCGGCAAAGGAGCCGGUCAAACGAGCUCAUUUUUUUGGAAUGACAGGAAUUGCGAAGAAAGAAAUCCUUUUCUUUGUCAAUAUGAUAAACAUAUCAGUAAAAGAUCUAUCAACCACGUGCCUUUACCUUGCGGAAAAUUGCUCCAUCUAACAGACGAUACACCAAAUGUGAUAGUUACUUCCCCUAGCUACCCCAGGAAUUACCCGCCCCUUUCUACAUGUCAUACUUUUGUGACUGCACCGUUCGGGAAACAGAUAUACAUCGACUUUUUACACUUUGAUAUUGAGGAUGCAAAACAUUGCGAAUACGACAAUUUGACGAUAUCUGACGUCUAUCCAACAAAGAAGGAUAAAAGUGUUGUCUACUGCGGAAACUGGAACCGGAAACUGAAGAUUCUAAGGUGGACGUCACAAACCAACAAAGUGAGGAUAUCAUUCCAGUGUGAUAGCACCAAACACUUCUCAGGGUUUCGUCUAAAUAUUUCUUCUGUUGAUAAAUCAAUACUGUGUAACGACGCUAAUUCGACCAUUACGGCAGCUUAUAGUGGCGGUGCUUGUUUAAUACUAGCAAAUGAUUCAGUAAAUUUUACCGAAGCAGAAGACACUUGUAGCUCUUAUGGAGGUAGCGUUGUCUCGGCGGGACAAUCAGAAAUACUAUAUGCAGCAGCCGAUCUUCUUAACUUAACAGAAGGAUGUACAAACCUUUGGGUACAAAGAAAUAGUUCCAAUACCUCCACCAUGGAUAACAAAUGCGAUGUCGUUAAAAUCUGUGAAAGUCACGGUAACCAAGACAACGUUCUGCUAGAUUAUGACACUGUCGUCACACAAGUACAAUGUUCAUCUCUAAACCAACUCAUCUGCCUAAAACCAGCUAAACACAUGAGAAGAAGCCAAUCAAAUCAGACAUCCACAGAAGCUAGCGGACAACUAAACACAUACAAAGUCGAUCGUAGCAACUAUAGUAACAACAUUGACGCCUUUUAUCAUUUCAAGGUAGAAGAUGGUUAUCGAAUGAUCUUUGAGCUGUUAUCGUAUGACAUUGAAUUUCAAGACUCUUGUUUGUACGAUUUCAUCGAAACCAGUGGAAUGACAAAUGACAAAAGAUAUUGCGGAAGAGGUGAAAAAAUAGAAACUUUGAUAACCAAAUCUUCGACUGCAAUCAUCCGGUUCAAAACGGACGAUGAUGUCACAGCAGGUGGAUUUAAUAUAAGAUGGUACAGUGUGAAGCGUGGAGAAACAUUUCAAAUAAACAGAGGUGACGAUGAAUCUAUUGUUACUAUGCAUUCGGUAAAUUACCCUAAUGUGUUUCCUGAUAAAGUAAAAAAUUGCUCAAGUGUUUUUGUACCUGACAAUGCGCGUUUACUUGUUACAAUAAAAGAUAUCAAUCUACCUGGAGAGAGUUGUAAAGAUAGUAUGUUUGAGAUUUUAUCAAAUUCAACCGUAACUAGGCGUUUUUGUGGUGGAACGACAUACAAUAGAUUGAAUUAUUUCUCUCAAUAUAUACUGACUGAAAAUGGGAACAUUUCUUUCUGUCUUGAUGCCCCACAGUUCAAAGAGGGAGAAGGCAUCCUUAUGCAAUAUCAUAAAGUUAAAAUAGGCAAUGUCAAGCUAAAUAGAACUGUCACGCUUGCAGCAAAUGAGUCGAUGCAAAUUUCAAGUCUGAUGUUUCCGGAGAUGUUUCCUUCGGGAGCCAUACAAGAUCUCAUUUUUAGAACAAACCUUGGCUACACGGUUAAUGUUACGUUAAAUUUCACAAGCAAAAAAGGCAACCAAUGCUCAAUGGAUUAUUUAGAGCUAAUUGACAUCUCUUUGAAAAACGACUAUGACGGUUUGAAAUGGUAUCCCUGUGUGAAUUUAACUGAUGGGCUUCAUGAUUCAACGGAGAUUGAAUUUAGUUCAUCACUUAAUGCUGUUAGGGUAGUUAUAUUUAGUGGUGUUUCUUAUACCGAGAAAUCAUCAUCUUUUAAGAUUUCUGGAACAGUAUCGUCGAUUAAAGAUCCGUUCUUUCUAGACAAAACAAAACAGACAGAUGGAUCAUUUGAUGAAUGCAACGAAAAUACGUGUUUAAAUGGUGGAUUGUGUUCAAAUCUUACUACAGGGCGGUUUUUGUGUAAAUGUGGAGCCCAAUAUACAGGAUUGUUUUGCCAAGCCACAAAAUGUGACGUAGGUUUGAAUCCAUGUGAUCCGAAACAUGCCAAAUGCCAGCUUACUCUCUCUGGCUACAAAUGUAAUUGCGAAACCGGUUACUGGGGUAAAACUUGCAGUAUGGACAGCAACAUGUGCCACUAUAGAUUAUGUUCCGGGAAUGGAAGAUGUGUUUCGAUCAACGAUACGGAGACUGGGUGUCUUUGUAAUGACGAUUUUACUGGAGCAAAAUGCAGUGUUGAAAUACCAAAGGCUGAAGAAAAACUAACCAUUGGCCAGAAAUUGUUAAAAGAACCAAUUUGGAUAGGGAUGAUUGUAAUACUGAACCUUGUUCUCUUCUUUUGUGUUUCUUAUGUGAUCCGAAGAAAAUGCGGGAAGAAAAUAGCAAACUUGUUUCCCAAAAAGAAAACUUCAAACAGUAGUCCUAAAGAAAACGACAAUUCUAAAACAGAUAAUUCUUCUGCAAGUGUGGAUCACUAUGACAAACAUGUUAGUACAGUUUCCCUCAAGACACCAACACUUGUAGACAGGGAAUCAAGGUGGUCAACAAGGACAAAUAUAUACCGUGAGAAUCUGGAUAGCAUAACAGCUCCGUCAACGCCAGUCGUAAAUGAGGAAAACCAAGAUGCAGCAAUGAAACUUUUCGCGGCCUACAAUACUAAAAAGCCAGAAUUAUCACCAAACAUUACAGCAAUUCAGGACAACAAUUUACAAAUCAAAGCAAAAGAUAUUAUGUCUUGUGGUAUACAAGGUGGAACUGUAACAUUAAAUCCCGACAUUGAUGUAGAAUACUAUCAUAAAGAUCAUCCACAUGGAAUACUCCGGUCAUACACAAUAAGCACAGAAAUACGAGAUUUUGAAUCAAGAAUAUCAAAAGCUAGGAAGGAAGCGUCCAUGAGAAAAACUUCCUCUUAUUCCGGCUCUCCGACUGUCUCACGAAUGCUUGAUUCUAAGAGAGUUAAUGAAAACGCAGGGGUAAAAAUGACACACUGUUUCCCUGAAAUAAGAAUUAUCAAUGAAAAUAAUUGUGAAGAAAAAAACAUCAGUGAUAGUGAUGAUAAUUUAGAUGUUGCUUUGGCAAAUGAUAACACAGUUUCUAAAAUAGACCCGACUGAAAACAUUGCGGAAGUUAAACAAUCUGAUCAACAUGAUAGUGGCUAUCCAUCAACCACUAUUUCAACAAUUCAAGAUAGUUCACAAAUCGAAGAAUCAAACUUAAAAACAAUUGCAUCUGCAAAUGUUAAACGUAAGUUAUUUAGUUCAAAGGCUAAAAGCGCCUCAUUUUAUAAACUUGGUAACGAAAAUGAUUCGAGACAAAUCGAAAAACGGAAGGAGAUCCGAGAUUCAAUGAUUAGAGAUAUAUCUUUUAAACGUUCAACGUCGGGUGAAUUUCGGUCUUUUGAAUCUGAAAGGUGUCGAUCCUGCAAGAAAACACCAAUAGAAAGAUGUGCCUACUCUUAUGAAACUGAUUUAGAUAUGUUACAUAGGUGUAGAAACAAACGACAACAUUCUACAGGGUAUCACAGUUCAAUUAGCCAUCAAAGACGGCAUAGACGUAGACGAAAAUGUGGUUGUUCUAAACAUCACAGUUAUAGUAGAGAUAUUGAUAUGAAUUCCCGUGAUGUUCACGAUCCACAAGUACGUUUACACAAGGAACAAUAUCUGCACUCUAUUAAACAAAAAAGUUUUGGAGAAAACUGGUAUUGGCCGACUAGGUCACAUCAUAGCAUAAGACCUUUAAAUUCGAGCACAGAGAGUGAUUCCUGUCUUUGUUCAGCACAGGAAAUGAGGUACCGACAUAGACAUUAUCAUGUAAAGGAAGCUUUUUCUGAAAAUGAUUUUAGACAGAGACAUAUAUCAAACCGAACGUUUGAUUCAUCACCGAGAAUAGAUUUUCGUUCUGAUGACUCAUGUAAGUCAAAACUAAUGAGGUCGUUUUUGUCAGAUACGUAUCGAGCCAGUUGCAAUAAUUAUUCUGUCUCGGAUGCUACGGAGAGCUGUUGCCACUAUAAACAUUUCUUAGGAUCCCCAGAAAAUUCAUCACUUUCAAGUUCCAGAGACAAAACAAGAAGUCCAUCGCCAAGACCAAAAAGUCCCCGAAAGCAACCAAUAACCACUCAAAGACGAUCGGAUACUGUUGUUGAAAUCGCUCAAGAUAAUGUGAUAAAACUAGAUGUUUCGCCAAUAUCAUCUGUUAACUCUUUGAAUGUUAAAUGUUCAUCCUCAGCUAAUGGUGAAACAAAACCUGACUUUGAUGGAAUAAGUAGUACUUAUAAUGAACCUGAAGUAAAAGUAGAUAUUGAAUCGUAUUUGCGUGUCGAUAAAAGCGACUAUAAUGGUGCACAGUAUGCAUUUGAGGAGAAUCCUGCUUUCCACCAAGUCGACAAAGAUGAAAAUAAUCAUAAGCAUUACACAAAUUGUCAAAAAUCUCCAACAAGUAAUGAAAUUAAACUUACGCUGAAAGAUUCUGCAUAUCAGACAAAACAAUCUUCAAUAGACAAAUUCAAAAGCAGUGAUUCUUUAGUCAGGGGAUCGAAUUCGCUUAAAUCUAAAUCAAGUGACUCAUCUGACAGCAAAGAUAACCACAGCAGAAAUGAAGACCGAGUUCACAGACACUUACACCAAGCUGCCCUAAAACUUGCCUUGUUAAAGCGUCUACAAAACAAGAAAGACUACUCUAAGGACAGUGCGAUUCACACAUUUUCGGAAGACGACUUGUCAGCAGAUGAUGGAGAGACUAGAGUACCUAUAAGGCCUUUAGUUAAACGGACAAGUGGUAGCUUGGCAUUUCAGCUGCGGGAGACAAGUUUGUCUCAAGUGAUGGAAGAACAUUCUGGUGUAUCAAGGGACACAGAUAAUUAUAAUACUCCGACAAAUGAACCAUUAGGCGGAUCGUUUGAUAAGUCAGAAACGCUAAAUUCAUCUGCAAUUCACAUGACUGAUAUGUCCUACACACAUAAUGAUGGUGCAUUUCCAAAACUUGAGGAAACUAAUGUUUGAUGUUUGUAGUAUUUUAAUAUUGAUUAUCAUUAAAUUAGACGGUUGAAUAGUUGAUAAAGGCAAUUUUUAAAUGUUUAUGUUUUGUUGGUACAUAUUCAAAAUGAUAUAAAAACUAUGUAAAAUAUAUUUAAUAUUUUCAAACCUAUAAGUACAGUUUUAUGAACAAUGCUGUAUGAGUUUUGACCGACAUAUAUGGUUUGGUUUAUUUCAGCGUUUGGAUUUAGGGUAAUGUAUAUUAAUAUCACCAAAAUAACAAUUUUGGUUUAAACUACUGUAAUUUAAACAUUAAUUUGGUAUGGACACUUAAAUUGUCGCGUAUGCACAUAUAGCGGUAAUUACAAAGUCAGACCUCAAAUAUGCUGGAUAAAAAAUACUUUCAGAAAGCUCUGGCGCUGUGAUAUUUUUCGUUUGAUAUAUUUGAUUUUACGUUUUUGAGUUUACAUGUUUUUGACAUGGGUAUACAGGAAAAGAAUUACCUGGUACGCAAUGUUUAAGUACAUGUACGAAUAUAUGAAUGCAUAUGUGCAUAUGAUUUUCUAUUUUGAUAUUUGUAUGACUGCUAAACUGUGAUUUAUAAAUACUUUGUUUAUUCCCAAAUUUUGUGAUGAUAUUUGCUUUGUUAAUUGCAUUCAUUAAACGUUUACUUAAAACACCAAUCUUGUCAUGGAAAACACAUUUUAAAAAUGUGUGGUAUUUGCUUUUACAUUUUUGUUAUUAAUAACUGUUUUUGUUUUGUUUAUGUUUUUAAAAACGAAAAAAAAUGUUGUUGUUUCAGAAAGAAAAAAAUCGUUUAAAUUGUUAUUUAAUUACAGAUAUAAUAAUAUAUUAUCAUACCUCGAAUGUUAGUGUUACUAUUUUCUUAUCAAUAUAUAUUCAUAUUCAUAAUAUGAUUGUUACGAUUUAUAUAUUAUAUAAAACAGUUUAUACUGUCGACAUACACAUUUUAAUAUUCGAAUUAAAAAGUAGAAAAUAAUCAAAAAGAAAUAAAAAUCAACCCUUUGAAAUACUAUUUAGCCACAGAAAUGAAUAA